AUCUGGUCGUCGCGCAUGCGGGGCGGGAGGAAACCAGUGCGUUUUCCUCUUAGGCGGCGCCAUUUUGUGCUCAGAGCCGCUACUUGCCGCCGCCGGUGAGUCGCAGAGUCGGUGGCGGAGACGGGCAAGCGAGGAUGGCGGAGGCUGUGGUAGGGCCGAGUGACUCGGGCUCUGGCUCAGCCACUCUGGGCUCGGGAGCUUCGGAGACCGCGACACGGCGCCUCAGCGACCUGCGGGUGAUCGACCUGCGGGCGGAGCUGAAGAAGCGGAACCUGGACACUGGCGGCAACAAGAGCGUGUUGAUGGAGCGGCUCAAGAAGGCAGUUAAGGAGGAAGGUCAAGAUCCUGAUGAAAUUGGCAUCGAGUUAGAAGCCACAAGCAAAAAGACAACAAAGAGAUGUGCUAAAGGACAGAAGAUGGAGGAGGAAGGCACAGAAGAUAACGGCCUGGAAGAAGACCCCAGAGACAGGCAGGAGGACGUGGAAGCCAGCCUGGAGAACUUGCAGAGUAUUGACAUGAUGGACGUUAGUGUGCUAGAUGAGACCGAAGGCGAGAAUAGCAGUUCUCCAGAUUUUGGGGAAGACGGUGCCGACAGCAUUCUCGGUUCCUUGUGUGACAGUAAAGAAUACGUGGCAGCGCAACUGAGACAGCUUCCAGCUCCUCUCCCAGAGCAUGCUGUGGAUGGGGAAGGAUUCGAGAACACUUUGGAAACUUCAUCGUUGGACUUCAAAGUAACUCCAGAUAUUGAAGACCCUCUGUUGGAGCCAGAAAAUGAGAAAAUACUCGACAUUUUGGGGGAAACUUGUAAAUCUGAGCCAGUAAAAGAAGAAGGUUCCGAGCUGGAGCAGCCAUUUGCACAGGAUACAAGUAGCGUGGGGCCAGACAGAGAGCUCGCGGAGGAAGAGGACCUUUUUGACAGCGCCCAUCCGGAGGAGGGUGAUUUAGAUUUGGCCAGCGAGUCAACACACACUCAGUCGUGCAAGGCAGACAGCCUGUUAGCAGUAGUGAAAAGGGAGCCCGUGGAGCAGCCAGGCGAUGGCGAGAGGAUGGACUGUGAGCCUGUAGGGCUAGAGCCGGCAGUUGAGCAGAGUAGUGCAGCCUCUGAGCAUGCGGAGGCCUGUAGCAACGAGGUCAUGGAAGCGCCCACGGAAGCCCCAAGUCCAGAAGGCAGAGAUAGCAAAGAAGACGAGAAGAAGUUUGAUUUUGAAGCUUGUAAUGAAGUCCCUCCGGCUACUAAAGAGUCCUCAACCAGUGAGGGCGCUGAUCAGAAAAUGAGCUCUUUUAAGGAAGAAAAAGAUAUAAAGCCAGUCAUUAAAGAUGAAAAAGGUCGAGGCAGCAGCAGUUCUGGUAGGAACCUGUGGGUCAGCGGACUGUCCUCCACAACUCGGGCGACCGAUCUGAAGAACCUUUUCAGCAAAUAUGGAAAGGUUGUCGGGGCCAAGGUGGUAACCAACGCCCGCAGUCCUGGGGCUCGGUGCUAUGGGUUUGUCACCAUGUCCACAUCUGAUGAGGCUACCAAGUGCAUCAGCCAUCUGCACAGAACUGAGCUGCAUGGAAGAAUGAUCUCCGUAGAGAAGGCCAAAAAUGAGCCUGCUGGGAAAAAGCUAUCUGACAGAAAAGAAUGUGAAGUGAAAAAGGAAAAAUUAUCCAGUGUUGACAGACAUCAUUCUGUGGAGAUCAAAAUUGAAAAAACCAUAAUUAAGAAGGAAGAAAAGAUUGAGAAGGAGGAAGAAAAACGACUUGAAGACAUUAAAAAGGAAGAAAAAGACCAAGAUGAGCUGAAACCAGGACCUGCAAAUCGGUCUAGAGUCACCAAAUCAGGAAGCAGAGGAAUGGAACGGACAGUGGUGAUGGAUAAAUCAAAAGGAGAGCCAGUCAUUAGCGUGAAAACCACAAGCAGGUCAAAAGAGAGAAGCUCCAAGAGUCAGGAUCGCAAGUCGGAAAGCAAAGAGAAGAGAGACAUCUUGUCGUUUGAUAAAAUCAAAGAACAGAGGGAGCGGGAGCGCCAGAGGCAGCGGGAACGAGAGAUCCGAGAAACCGAGCGACGGCGGGAGCGGGAGCAGCGGGAGCGGGAGCAGCGCCUUGAGGCCUUCCACGAGAGAAAAGAGAAGGUGCGCCUGCAGCGCGAGCGCCUGCAGCUGGAGUGCCAGCGGCAGCGGCUAGAGCGAGAGCGCAUGGAGCGGGAGCGGCUGGAGCGUGAGCGCAUGCGAGUGGAGCGCGAGCGCAGGAAGGAGCAGGAGCGCAUCCACCGCGAGCGCGAGGAGCUGCGGCGCCAGCAGGAGCAGCUGCGCUAUGAGCAGGAGCGGCGGCCCGUGGUACGGCGGCCCUACGACCUGGACCGGCGAGAUGAUGCCUAUUGGCCGGAGAGAAAACGUGUGGUGAUGGAGGACAGAUACCGCGUCGACUUCCCACGGCCGGAUCACCGCUUCCACGACUUCCACCAUCGUGAGCGGGGCCAGUACCAGGACCAUGCCAUCGACAGGAGGGAAGGUUCAAGGCCAGUGGUGGAAGAGAGGGACGGGCAGCACUACUCAGACGACCGCCAUGGCCACGGAGGACCCCCAGAGCGGCACGGCCGGGACUCCCGCGAUGGCUGGGGGGGCUAUGGUUCUGACAAGAGGCUGAGUGAAGGCCGGGGGCUGCCUCCUCCCCCCAGGGGUGGCCGGGACUGGGGAGAGCACAGCCAGAGGCUGGAAGAGCAUCCGGCACGUGCCUGGCAGGGCGCCAUGGAUGCAGGCUUGGCAGGCCGGGAGCACACAAGGUGGCAAGGUGGUGAGAGAGGGCUGUCGGGGCCCUCGGGACCAGGGCACAUGGCCGGCCGGGGCGACGUGGCGGGGCGAGGCGGCUUUGCACAAGGUGGACAUUCCCAGGGCGAUGUGGUGCCGGGUGGCGGACUGGAAGAUGGCGGAGUGGCCAGCCAGGACCGGGACAGCAGAGUCCCGCACCCACACCCACACCCGUACCCCCACUUCACCCGCCGCUACUAGGUCCCGCUCCCUGCGAGUUUUCAGGUAGGCAGAUGCACUGUUGAAUCUCUUAGCCAGCGUUCCCUGAACUGUGGACUCUUUUAAAACACAAGCAAAUUCUGCCACCGUGUUGUAGCGCGAUACAAUGUGAACUCACUUUUUUUUUUAAAUAAAUGGUGUUCUUGUUCUGCCAUUUUUAAGACAAGGUUUCUGUUAACAAGGCAUUCCAUUUUCCAUUAAUAAAGUUUACAAUUCGCA